GAUGCCCUAACAUUCAGCUGCUGCCAAGAGGACAGACGUAAGAAGGGGGGAGAAAAGGAAAAAAAAAGAAUCUUCAUCUUUUCAAUUCCAUCACAGACAGAAGCAGGAGCGACGAGGAGGAGGAGCUACGUGGGUGAGAUAGUGAUGCUCUCAGCAGGUGCCAACAAGUGAGAGGUAGCCGAGACUGAGAGAUGGAGAAGAGUCUGUAAGAGCUGAAGACAACCCGAGCUUCUGCAGAAAACAAACAGCCGGUGUGUUUCCAGUCCUGCUGCUCCAGACAUUCCUGCCCCUUAUCUCCGCUGCCAUGCUGUUUCCUGUGCUGCUUUGUGCCACUCUGCUCCUCCUGACGCCCCUGGAGAUCACAGAGGCUCGAGCUCUGCACCCUUCUCCUGAUGCUGUGCAGUUCAUGGAGCAGUUUCUGGAACGCUAUAAUGACCUUCUGACCCUGGACGACCUGGAGAACAUGUUGAACAGCCAACCAGAGGAGCAGUCCACCUUCUCCUCAGGGGCUAAAGCCGAUUACCCCAAGUGGGGCGACGCACAAACACAAGCCGAGACCCCCUGGCUGCGUCUUCUCAAGGGGGCCCUGGCCAAUCAGAAGAGAGCGGAACCGGACCGGUCACGGAGGGGCUGGAACCGGGGAUGCUUUGGCCUGAAACUGGACCGGAUCGGGUCCAUGAGCGGAUUGGGCUGUUAGUGGGUGGAGAGGGGGAUAACAGAGAGAGAAUAAAGACUGAUAACAUCCUUCCUAGAGUAGAAACAUGUGCAAAGGUGUUCACAUGCAGUGAGGGGUGUUUACAUGUGUGUAGACUACAUGUAGUAUGGUGUAAACAUGCAGUGUUGCUAAUGUGGUUUCAUCCAGAUUAGGUACCAUAGAUCAGAUGCUUCAUACUAUUGUGGCUGUUUAACGGAGGAGCUGUAGUUUAUCCCAUGUGUAAGCAUUAAACUGGAUAUUAGACCAUGUGAGCUUUGUUUACAUCAGACGUCUGUCUUUGAUUGUUGGGCUUGUUUUUUUGUGUUUUUUGUUUUUUUUUUUUUUUCACGUAAAUUGGCACUUUAUGUAUUUCUAGCUUCUGUCUACGUAUUAUCAAGUAAAAGUAUGUUUUAGACAGAUUCUGUGACUGGGCAUUGUGUGUUA